AUGGAGAAACGUGCUUGUGAUACGUACAAUAAGGUAAUGUUUUUUUUCUGAUGAUGGAAUCGAAACUUAUCAGAUUUUGACCUGGCAACACUGGUAUCACAAUUAAUUUUGUAUUGAUUAAUGUUUGCGUUUGCAAAUCGCAAUUGUACACUACACGACAAUGGACGUUGAAGAGGAGAAUCGAAAGUUUUUAAAAUUAUUAUUUUAUUUCGUAAUUGCGUGGGUAACUCUUGGCUAUCUUAGAGAUUUCGGUUUUUUAGCAGGCUCCUCUUUCUACGGUGCACGGGAACAGUGCACCGCCAAUUUCGAAAAUUACCCAUACACUGCUGUUUUACUACAACAAAAAAAAUACAUUAAUAAUAUCUGUACAUAGAAAUGCAUUCGGAUUUGUUUUGGAGACACGAAUACCAAUUGUUUUGUACAAUUACAGAAAUAUUUAACGCGAAAAGACGAGAAAAACGAACGGCACCACGGCACGUUGCCGGUACGCCGUUGUACGCAACACGCAACGGCCGCGGGGCUACCACGGAGUAUGGACGGACGAACACGAUUUUCGCGGCGCACGCGCAUUCGACCGUUUCGUUCCCGCUACCGGCGCAAUUGCCAUUGGACGUGCGGUGUGUUGGUGCGCAAACGAAUGUCGCGCUCCCGCGGCCCGUACAGCCCGUCCGCCCGCGGCCGGCGGGUGCCGACGGAGUGAACGCCGCGCGCCGGGAAUCGAUUAUUUCAAUUUGAAUAUCAAAUUCGUCCGGCGGGCGGCGUUACCUCGGGAUAAUACUCCGCGGCCAAAUACUGACCGUCCCGGGUUGACGUUCAAUCCAUAGAUAAUGUUAUUUAACAAAACGAAACACGAUUCCCGAAUAUAUUGUUGAUUUCUAUCUGAGAACCUCCUCCUACAUAAAACGAAUACGAAUAAAUCCAUAUUUUUCAAUGGAAUAUUUGUUUCGGUUCCCGUUUUCCGAAUCGACUGUAUCCAUUGUGUACAAUUUUUGAAAUGCGCACCGCCAAUUAUUUCACCCGCCACUGGCAAGUUCUGUGUCCGAUUCAAACGGUAAUGGGUACCUAGUGAUUCGCGCGACAACAUUUUUCAAACGGAAAAUUAUUAUUGAAUAUUGUACAUCUAUUGUGGGUCUGGAUAUUUUGAUCUUUUGGCACGAACACGUAAAUUUCAAUUGGCCAAACAAUUAUUGCUGUAUACUGUCGAAAUGCACGCAAUCCGUAUUAUUUGUAUUACAAUAGCUAUUGUGUAUAACCUACAGUGGUGUAGUGUACUUGGCGAAAAAUGGUUUCCUCGACAAUUCCACUGUACAAACGGAACGACCGAUUGAACUUGCUUCCUGCAAGCAAGGCGGAACAUUAUUUAGAUGUAUUGUCAAUGACAAGCUCAUUGAUCCGAUCAAGUUACUGAAUGAGAAAUUCUUUGACAAAACUUAUGUAGAAUAUGUAAUUAAUGCUAUGAGCAAAACACACGAGACUCUGAUUAUACGUUUAGUUACAAUAACUGGUCAUAGUUCGGCAAUCAAAAUUGUAAUUGACGCAGGCGUUCAAUUAUGCAAAGGAGUUGCAAUUACUGCUGCUCUACAUGGUCACAUAGAUUGUUUGCACUUUUUGAUACAGAACGAUUGUCCAGUGUCGAAACAAAUAUUGUCCAUGUAUUGUUUCUAG